UUCACCUGAACGUGGACUUUCAGACACACCACCCCAGAGACCAGACCAGACCAGACCAGACCAGACGCUGCAGCUAUCAUGGCCGAGAAGUUUGUUGGGACCUGGAAGAUAGUGGAGAGUGAAAAUUUUGAUGAGUACCUCAAGGAACUGGGCGUGGGCUUCGCUCUCCGCCAGAUUGCGAGCCGAGCCAAGCCAAGCCAGAUCGUGACUCUGGACACUGAUGGAACCAUCACCAUGAAGACGUUAACCACUUUCAAAAACACAGAGAUUAAGUUCAAGUUGAACGAAGAGUUCGAGCAGAUCACUGGUGAUGACAGAAAGACUAAGAACGUAGUGACCCUGGACAAUGGUGUAAUGAUUCAGAAGCAGACCUGGGAUGACAAGGAGACGACCAUUGAGAGAGAGUUGGUGGGCGACAAGUUCAUUGUGAGAUGCAAGGCGGGAGAUGUGGUGUCGGUGAGGACGUACACGCCAAGACUUCACCUGAAUGUGGACUUUCAGACGCACCACCCCAGAGACCAGACCAGACCAGACGCUGCAGCUAUCAUGGCCGAGAAGUUUGUUGGGACCUGGAAGAUGGUGGAGAGUGAAAAUUUUGAUGAGUACCUCAAGGCACUGGGUGUCGGCUUUGCCCUGCGGCAGGUAGCCAGCAGAGCCAAACCGAGCUUGACCAUCACCAUGGAUACUGAUGGAACCAUCACCAUGAAGACUCAAAGCACUUUCAAAAACACAGAGGUCAAGUUCAAACUGAACGAAGAGUUCGACGAGACCACCGGUGAUGACCGAAAGACCAAAAACGUCAUGGCGCUGGACAAGGGCACGCUGGUCCAGACGCAGACGUGGGAUGGCAAGGAGACGACCAUCGAGCGGGAGGUGGGGGAUGGCAAGCUGAUUGCGAAAUGUAAGAUGGGGGGGGUGGUGGCGGUGAGAACGUACGUGAAGGAGGCGUGAGGCGGAUAUCACAGCGGAUGUCAGCGGACGCUUGUGAUGUCUUACGGAGUGUGUUGGGCAGCUUCUGACGUCUGCGGGAUCUGAAGAACAGAGAGCCAGGAGAGACGGAGAGUUUUGCUCAUUGACCUCUGUGGAUCAGUGAAACAGCACAAUGAAGUGUGUGUGUGUGUGUUGGGUUGGGGGGUUAUUCCACUGUGUAUCAAUGGUCAGAAUAAAGGUCAAAUUGUAUUAUGGGCCCCAAACUGUAACACAAAUGUAGGUUUGAUUUACUAAAAUAAAUAAAAUAAAAUGCCUUCA